GCGCCACCGCGCAAAUCUUCAUUAUCGUUUCAGCGACCACACGAGGACAGACUGAAGGUUACCUGCUUCAACAGUGCUUGAACGGCAACCGAUCUUCUGUCUUUUUCGCCAUUUUCAUCAAUCGACUUCAAUUCCAAGCAUUUUGUUUUCGGUCAAAAUCGAAAGUUUUGUUUUAAGACGCUUUGCUUUGAAACAUCUGCGCAAACCCGCGUCAUUGACCAUCUCUACGAAUAACACCAGAAACGCAGUAAAACCGAUCUAAGGAGUCAGUGGUUACAGGUUUCCAACAUUCUUCAAAAUAUCAUCUUUUGUCCUCACCAGAAAGAAAGAGAAACAGAAACAUGAGCUCUCAGGUGAGACAGAAUUUUGAGGAGGCCUGCGAAGCGGCCGUUAAUCGUCAGAUCAACAUGGAGCUCUAUGCAUCUUACGUCUAUCUUUCUAUGUCGUACUACUUCGACCGAGACGAUCAAGCUCUGCACAACUUUGCAAAGUUUUUCCGCCAUCAGUCCCACGAAGAGCGCGAACAUGCUGAGAAACUGAUGAAAUUUCAGAACCAGAGGGGAGGGAGGAUCUUUCUGCAGGACGUGAAGAAACCAGAGAAGGACGAGUGGGGAAGUGGUGUGGAGGCGCUGGAGUGUGCCCUGCAGCUGGAGAAAAGCGUCAAUCACUCCCUGCUGGAGCUCCACAAGCUGGCAUCUCAACACAACGACCCUCACAUGUGCGAUUUCAUUGAGACACACUACUUGGACGAGCAGGUCAAAUCCAUCAAAGAACUGGGCGACCAUGUGACCAACCUGCGCCGCAUGGGUGCCCCGCAAAACGGCAUGGCUGAGUACAUGUUCGACAAGCUCACGCUUGGCAAAGAGAGCAGCUAAAGGCUCCGUCCAUCUUUGUUUUCCUUUGCUGAUUAGUAUUGCUAUAUAAGUGUUUAUUACUCUACAUGCCAUCCAACUCUAUUUUAUGUUAACCGGUCAUCACGUGUGGCUGGAUAUUUAAGCAGAACCUCCUAGCUUGUUGGGAAUCCGACAUGCUUUGCUGUUUAAAGUUUCACUUCGUACCAAAAGCCAUUGCAUUUUCUCCAGCUCGUUCACAGUUUGACCUCUCUGCAUCUGCAUGUGCUGCUUGUGUGAUCUGUCAAUCAAAUUAUGCUCCAAACCCAAUAAAGCAAAACCUCUGGAAUCUGAA